AUGGCAUUAAAUCCACCUCUAGGUGAAACAGGAGAGCCUUUCAGAAUUGAAGGAGAGCAUUUCGUUAUGUAAAGAAAAGGGAUAGACUUCGAGGUUAAGGUUGAAGGUUUGGGCAAGUUCAAGGGAUCUGGAUUUGUAAUAUUUAUCUAUUAACAAUAUUUAUAGCUUGUGUUAACAACGAGCAGAAUGGUUCUGAUAAACUUUAAAAACAUGCAGAAAUCUGAUUUUAAAUCAUUCGAUAUCCCUCAUGCUCUCACCUUUAAAGAGAAAUUUAACCAGCCAAUAUUUGGCGCAAAUUAUUGGUCAGGCACGACGAAGCCUUUGUUUAACCAACUACCGAAUGAUGCAGAGUUUAAGAUCUGGUUUAUGGAAGGAGGUUGUGGAAAAUUCAACAAAGUUUACAGGUACACAUUGGCUGAGAUCAGAAAACAUCAAGGAAGAGCAGGUCCUAACCCUUUGAUAUAAGAAUUCUCUAGCUCAUCGUUUCAGUAAUAGUUUGCUUACUUUGAUCCUAAUGAUCCUUCAACUAUAUAUAUAAGCUAGCCACCUGUAUAAUAAUAAACCAUGAUUUAGCCCCCAACAAUGCAACAGUAACCUAUGGUGCUUCCGCCUGCAUCAAACUAGGUUUAUUAGGAAGAGUAGAAGUCUUCAGGUUAUCCUUAAAUGAAUAACUAUUAUGCACAGUCCUUUGGACAGCAAUGGGUAGCAGCUGGCACACAGAUGGAAAGUAAUUUUGCCUAACUAUAAAAGGAAAGAGAAUAAUAAUAACUUUAGUAACAGUAGCAGUAAUAGCAAUAAAAUCUAAACAAUUAGUAAUUGCAAAAUAACUAUUAAUAACAACAGCAACCUAAUUAUGGUUAUUCUUAUACUGGCCAUGGUAAUAAUUGA